AAUAUCCACAGGACACCAAUACAAAACGUCUGUCCGGAGGCCGGGGGAGGAACAAAACGGCGAUAACUCUGGAGGCCGUCCUGGAAAAGUUGAGGGAACUAUUUGCAACAAGGCGGAAUCGGCUACAGCGGCCGACGCAGAAAGAGGCCGGACAAAGAUUUCCAGUCAGUGACUGGCGGCAGCCGCGGGCGGGCCUCCUUCCCAGCCCAACUUCCCUUGGGGAAACCCGCCCAAGCCGCGCCUGUGGAGGAGAAACCAUGAGCUGCGCCGCGUUACUGAGGCUCCAGACAGCCAUCGCCGUCCCCCGACUUUUGGGGGCGGGAAGCAGUAGCAGCAGCUGCGGCCGCCGUUGGAGAAGCGAGCCGUGCACUCCUCAACCGAGCCCUGUGCGGAUCGGCUGCGCCUCAGGCUUCUGGGGAGACACGGCGGCCUCAGUUCCUCAACUACUCUAUGGAGGGAAGCUGGAUUUCCUGGUUUUUGAUUACCUUUCUGAAAUUACAAUGUCUUUACUAGCUACUGCCAAAGCUAGAUCUCCAGAUUUGGGAUAUACUCCUGAUUUUGUAUUAACUGCAAUGGCUCCUUAUAUUAAGGACAUACACAGGAAAGGUGUCCGUGUUGUCAGUAAUGCUGGUGGAAUGAAUCCACUUGCCUGUGCUGCUGCUGUCCAACAAGUAGCCAAAAAAGCUGGCAUUGACUUGAAGAUUGCUGCAGUUACUGGCGAUGAUUUAAUGGGAGAGUUAAACAGCAUAAAAGAAUCUGUCUCAAAGGGGGAGAAUGGGAAGCUGUUUCCAGAAAACAUUCAGAGCAUGAAUGUAUAUCUGGGUGCAAGACCAAUAAGCAGAGCUCUUGACCUAGGAGCAGACGUCGUGGUGACUGGAAGAUGUGUUGACAGUAGCCUUGUACUGGGACCACUAAUUCAUUCUUUUGGCUGGAAUAGAGAUGAGUUUAGCCUUUUAGCAUCUGGAAGUCUUGCAGGCCAUCUGAUUGAAUGUGGUGCUCAGUGUACAGGUGGAAUAUUCACCGACUGGCAUAGUGUACCAGACUGGCAUAACAUCGGUUUUCCCAUAGUAGAAUGUUCCUCUGAUGGAAGUUUUAUUGUAUCCAAACCACGUAACACAGGGGGCCUCUUGUCUUUUGGCACGGUGGCGGAACAGUUGGUAUAUGAAAUUGGUAAUCCUAAGGAAUAUCUCCUACCAGAUGUCAUAUGCGACUUCUCUCAAGUUUCUCUUACUGAAAUCCCAGGUAGUGAAGGUGGUGCAGUGAAAGCUCAGGGAGCUAAAGGAUUACCUCCAUCAACAUUUUAUAAGGUAAAUGCUGCUUACCUUGAUGGAUUCAGAGCUACAGCUUGCUGCCCAGUAGGAGGACCAAAAGCAAUAGAAAAAGGAAGAAGAACUGCUGAAAGUAUUUUGGAAAGGACUCGCAUUAUGUUUGAUCAACUGGGAUAUGAGGACUACAGUGAAAUUAACCUACAGAUUUUAGGUUCUGAGGAAACAUAUGGACCACAUGCCAGAAAAAAAAAGGAUGAUGGUCCCCGGGAAGUUGUUAUUUGGCUUGCUGUACUUCAUAAGCAGAAAAAGGCAGUGGAAAUCUUUUCCAGAGAGAUCGCCCCAGCUGGAACAGGAAUGGCACCUGGUCUCACUGGAAUAGUUGGAGGACGUCCAAAAGUGUCUCCAGUUCUGAAACCAUUUUUCUUCCUUUAUCCAAAACAAAAUGUCAAGAUUGACAUAUUUAUGAAUGGACAACAUGUUGAAAUAUUUGAGGAAGAUCUUUCAUUCACUUCAGAUGCAGCUAUUUCACAUGAUGAAACCCCAUCUCAAGAAGAGUUAAAAGAUCUACCAAGUGGUCCACAUGUGUAUCGCCUGGAAGAUCUUGCCUAUACCAGAAGUGGGGACAAAGGCAAUUCUGCAAAUAUAGGUGUUGUAGCUCGACAUCCCCUGUACUAUCCAUACCUUAAAAAAGCAUUAACUGCUCAGGCUAUAGAAGGUUAUUUUCAACAUAUUUUAGAGACGAAACAGCCUGAAGAGCGCUUGGUCACAAGAUAUGAAUUGCCAGGAAUAUAUGGAUUAAACUUUGUUCUAAAAAACGCUCUUGGUGGUGGUGGCACUGCAUCUCUGAGAAGUGACCCACAGGGCAAGGCAUUUGGGCAGAUGCUGUUGGACUUCCAGAUUAAAAAUGUUCCGGAUUUAAAAUCUUUAGUAGAAUGAUGUCAUUGGCCUCACUCAGUUUUUAAACCAUGUUAAACAUCAACCAGAAGAACAUUACUAAGUCAAAAAUCAAGAAACCACUAAAAUGUUUUGGUGGCAAUUAUCAUGCAAAAGGUUUAACUAAUGCCUAUGCACAGAUAAGGGAAAGUUUUGAGUAAUGCCAGAUUUGUUGCUUUGUACGUGACUGGUAUUUCCUGUCUCGUGCAUUGAAUGAAGAGCCUAUUUAUUUCCUGUUAAUAUAAUUAAGCAAUAAAUUAUGGAAUAUCUUUCUGAGAGAUAACCACUGUUCCCAAAUAAAAAAAGUUUGUCCUUCUCCACUGCUUUUUGGUACAGCAGGAACCCUAGCAACACUGUGUAAUCUUGAUAAUAUAUAGUUUGCCACCAUUAAAGCAUCACUGUUUGCAAAUAGAUGCUGCCUUAUGGGACCCAGGUGUUGUUACUGCCUCGGUCUGUAGUAUGCCUAAUUACACUAGCAACUCAAAACAAAUGAUGAUGUUUGCUACUUAGCCAGUUCUCAAGCAGGCAAAAAAAUCUUAUGUUUGCUUGUUCCUUCAGUCUUUAAUGGUUAUUGAAACGUAGCUGCUGGGUGAGCACUGAUUUAAUUGAAGGGUUCCUAAUAUACUCUGUCCCAGUCUUUCCCAACCUGGUUCUCUCCAGAUGUUUUAAAGUAUAACUCUCAUCCAUUUUAGCCAGCAGGCCAAUGGCCAGAGAUUAUGGGAGUUAUAGUCCAAGACAUCUGGAAGGAACCACGCUGGGAAAGGCUGCUGUAUGGCUACUUCUGCUGCAUUAAUGACCUAAAGUAUGCAACCAGUUAAGUAUGUAUAUUCAGUAAACGACAUAGUAUUUGUAUUUAGCCAACAUGCAGCAAGAUAAAUUAUAUUGAUGGUAUAUAACUAAUGAAAGGUUACUCUGGAUUUCUCCAGAUUGUGUUGAGCUAUUCUGUACUCUUGAAUCAGUUUCCCAUUCCAAAAUGAAAUACUCCAAGAGUCUUCACUGUGCAUUGCAAAACUGAGAGAAGUCAGGGCUAAUAGGAAGCUAAGGAAGAAAAAAAUGUUGCAAGGCAGCUGAAGAGAAGGUAAUCGGACAAGGUGAGCAAUUUGAAGUACCACUGAUCACACUUUCUACUAGAAACUAAAACCUCAUUCAUGUCCAUAUUCAUGAGACAAGGUGGGAACCUUAGCCCUACUCUGAAUGCACUUUAAUGUAAGUUUUACACAAACCUGCAAAGAUCCAAAGAGUUAUUCAGAUAAGCCUAAAGAGGUGGGGAUGCCCAGAGGGAUUUUAAACUCCCCCAUGCCACCAUACUAUGUCACAAACUGCUUUUGAAACUCAGUUUUAAAAGUGGUUUGCCAUGGCAAGGAGGGGAACAGUUCUGAAGAUGAUAAAUAAAAGUAUUUAGGUCUCUUGGGCAUAUUAAACUAUUGAUUCUUUGCAUGCUGGCUCUUGAACUUGAAAGAUCACAUUUGAUGGUACAAUGAGUUAAAACGGUAUUGGUUUAGAGUACAUCAGAAAUCCUGAUUGCAGUGAAGAGAAAAAAUGGUAUAUGAGUGCAAGUUUUAAAUGUUUUAUUGGGAAGGACUGAGUACAAAUGUUAUUUUGGAUAUAUUUUUUAGAAUUAUUAUUUGUAGAUGUUUUUGCUUGUAAAAAUGAUUUUAUAAUACUAGUUUUGACUAUGCUAACUUUACCAGAAACUUGCAGAUGCAUAUUAAAGCCAAGGCUUAUAAACAGGUUUUCCAUAUUAGUCCCUCCUGAAGCAUUGCUCAAGCUACCUUUAAAAUCUGACUAUGUUGAUCAGCCUUUGGACUUGGUCUUAAGAGUUCUGUGCAGAACUAAUAAAAGUAGAUAGUACAUCUGGGUGUGGUCCAUUUCAUUACUCAAAGUGCUACAC